CACUAUUAUGGCCACGGCCAGUUUGCGGCGCAAGAUUGAGCACAACUACGGAUCCUGUGAAGAAAAAGUUGUAUGUUGACACAGACUUACGUCUUGUUCCAAGAAGCUCUUGAGUGCGCAAAAUGCCAAAAAUUGUGUCCCGCAGCAUUGUUUGCUCUGAUACGAAAGACCAGGAAGAAUAUAAUGAGGAAAAACCCCUCUAUGUGUACUACUGCUUGUGUGGACAGAUGAGCUUGAUUUUGGAUUGUGUCCUGGAGAAGUUGCCAUUGAGGAAAAGGGAUGGUUCCAGAGUUAUUGACAGCAGCAAGCACCCAUGCAAACUGACUUGUGAACCCGAUGAACCUGUAUUCGUAAGGAGAGUGAAUGAAGGAAUUGAGAAACAAUUGAGACGAAAGUGUAGAAAUUGUGGCCUCUGGCUCUUUUACCAGCAUGAGGGGGUAAGGAAUGUCACAUAUGUAGUGAAAGGGGCAGUCACCCAGACUCAUGGUGGCAAAAUUCUUGGCCUCCGCAAGGAUGAGGAGAAGCAAAAGAAAGUUCUGGUCACACGGCAUACAAAACAUAUGGGAAAGUUCUCCUCUGUUACAGUAUCAACCAUUGAUGAAGAAGAGGAUGAAAUUGAAGCUAGAGAAGUGGCAGACUCAUAUGCAGCCAAUGCACGAAUCAUUGAAAAGCAGCUUGUGCGGAAAGGAAUGAACAAGCGACUUGCCUCAGAAGUAGGCAAGAGCACAGUUGACAUAGAACCACCAGAUGAAAAGCGUCCCAGGCCAAAGGGAACCCUCAUUGAUCACAAAUGAAAUCCAACUCAGAAGUGGAUCUUGGUGGAUAUUCCUGAUUUUUUGUGGAAGUGAAUUCCAGAUGUUAGCAGUGAACAUCAGGAGUCAUCCAAGAUGGAUAACAAUGAGGAUGAGACAACUGAACAGCUAAUACUUGCUGUAAACUUUAACAUACAACUGCCUUUGGACUGUGACCUGAUGCUAAGUCAUCUACUGCUACUCUUCUCAGGCUGUUUCAUGAAAAUAUCCUUCUCAUUUACAUCUUGAAGAUAGAGCUACAAUGAAUUGUGAUGAAGACUAGGUGUGAGAUCAUAAAGUAUGCAAUGAUGAUCAACAUUUCAGUGUGGCAGAAGACCUCAAGAAAUAAAUAAAAAUUCAAAUUUGAGUCCUGUCUUGUUUCAUCUUAGAUGACAAGGU